AAGAGGUGCAUUGCUGCUGUUAUAAACAGAUGAAACAGACUCUUGGACACUGGAUCACAUUCACCUAGCAAGAAUUUCUUGUCCUUCUGUCACAUCAUGGAUGUUCUUUUCACAUCCUCCUUACCUAUUUUAUGCCACUAUAAUCUCACGGCUCUCUGCUACGACAACCAAACCCUAAACUCAACAUCUCAGACAUUGGUUAACGCGCCAGCUUUUGGGAUGUCCUACUUCACCAUGACGCUCGGUGCACUGUCAAACCUCACGGCACUGGCGAUCCUCGCCCAUUCCUACACCCGUUUCAGGCGCCGGGCCAAAGCCCCGUUCCUAUUGCUGGCUUCGGGCCUGCUUCUGAGUGACCUGGCGGGUCAUGUGAUCACAGGGGCCCUGGCGCUACACCUCCAUCUAGGAAGAGUAAAGCAUCACGGGGCGGCAGUGCUCCUGAAGCCUUCACAGGGUUACUGUAAAUUGUUUGGUGCUUGCAUGGUGUUUUUUGGUUUGUGCCCUCUGCUGCUGGGAAGCGCGAUGGCCGUGGAGCGUUGCAUAGGCAUCACGCAACCUCUCUUGCACUCGACCGUGGUUACCAUUGCACGAAUUCGGCUCACCAUACUGCUGAUCAUCUCAUCGGCUCUCAGUUUAGCGGGACUCCCCCUGCUGAACGUGGGGGACUACAAACCUCAGUUCCCCGGUACCUGGUGCUUUUUACCAGUGUACGGUUCACUUUCCAUAGCAGAUGCAAGCUUGGCUUUGGCUUUUUCCUGCCUUGGCCUUGUAGCAUUGCUCAUCUCUGUUCUUUCUAAUAUAAUAAGUGGGUGGAAGUUGUUUCAGGCCAGGUUUAAGGACAAAUGUGUAAGGACAAGCACUGUUCGGAGACAAGGAUCCUUCUCCUCUUCAUCCCUGCAAUCCCUGGAUGUGGAGAUGAUGACACAGUUGGCCGUGAUAACCGUGGUCUCCUGUGUCUGCUGGAGUCCCUUUCUUAUUUACAUCCUUAUAUCCGUGAUCAUGUUUUAUGAGGGAUUCGCCAGACCGGAGCAUCAGGUUGAAAAAUUUCUUCUGCUUGCCCUGCGUUUGGCGAGCUGGAAUCAGAUUCUGGAUCCGUGGGUUUACAUCCUAUUGCGGCGUGCAGUUCUGCGCAGAAUUCUUCAGCUGCUGCAUCCCGACAGAGUCGUGUUCACAGCGAGCAGCUUCUACAGAGACUCCAACAAAAAGCAAAUGAGUUUACACUGAUUACACACAAAGCUUUUUAAAGAGAAAGACAGAAAGUGUGAGAUAAAAAAUCUAAACUGUUGUUUGUUGCCAAAUGAAGAUCUGUUCCUAUACUGCUACGCAAAUGCUUUUUGCAUGAAAAUGUUUACAGAACUUUUUCGUUUCAGUGUUCAGUUCAAGACUACAGAUAUUUACACUAUAACCAUGGUUACCACCAAAAUACCAUAAUUACUAAAGUGAUUGGAAGAACUGUAUAAAAGUAAAAAAAAAUUGUAUUGGCAAUCCCUGUCAUAAACAACAACAACAACAACAAUAAC